AUGUCAUUUUUGGUUGCAGUGGUUCACAGCUGGAAAGCCUUUUACACAUGCAGCACAGGCCUAAGUGAGUUUCCAGGGUUUGUGGCCCUCAAUACCAUCAAUGAUGAGAUUAUGGGCUCCUGCAGCAAAACCAACAACUUUGAGAACCAUCCAAGAUGGAUGGCUGGGACCCUGGGACAGGAGUAUUACAACAGGCAAGCAAAGACUCUGAGAGGUCAUAAGGAUGCAUUCAAGCAGAGCGUCAGAGUGGCCAUGGUUCACUUUAACCAAUCAGAAGGAGUGCACACAUUCCAGAGGAUGGUGGGCUGUCAGUGGGAUGAUGAGAGUGGAGCAACAGACGCAUCAGAUGGGUAUGGUUAUGAUGGCGAGGACUUCAUCCUGCUGGAUAUAGAGAACCUGAGAUGGAUUGCAGCUGUGCCACAGAGUGUUGUCACCAAAAACAAGUGGGACACUGAAAGAGCUGAACUCGAGUAUCUAAGAAACUACUUCACCCGGAAUUGUACUGACUGGCUGAAGAAGUAUGUUCAGUACAGGAGAAGCACAAUAAUGAGGACAGGUACAGCACACAACACGGAAAGUAGUUGCUGCCCAGCAAAAUCGGGUGCGUUGGAUAAUCCUUUCGCGGCCCUCACGGUGUCCGAACGGAUGUUUGGUCAAUUCGCCGUUGUAGCUGGGAAGUCAGAGGCGGUAAUCCCGAGGUCUCGGCUCUCGUGGGUUGCGGUGCGUGAAGUAUCCGGGCGCCUGUUGCAGAUAAAGGGAACGCACCGAUGA